UUGUACUUCCGGGUCCGUUCUAGGUUUUGGUAAACGUGCAAUGGCGGAACAUAGUGACGCAGGGCUAGGGCUAUUCAACGGCGAUAGUCAGCUGCUCCUGGGCACUACACUUCAAGUACCUGACAGAAUGACUCAACAGCAAGCAUUAAGAUUUCGUGGCCCAAUUCCGCCACCCAGUCCUGUUAUGAGAGGUCCACCUCCUCUUUUGCGUCCACCUCCACCUUUUGGAAUGAUGAGAGGACCUCCACCCCCUCCAAGACCCCCAUUUGGACGUCCACCUUUUGAUCCUCAUAUGCCUCCAAUACCACAUCCUGGCAGUCUUCCCCCACCACCUGGUGGCCUCCCACCACCGAUGGGUCCUCCCCAUCUCCAGAGGCCUCCUUUUAUGCCACCACCUCCCAUGGCAAGCUUACCACCUCCCCCAGGAAUGAUGUUUCCACCUGGAAUGCCUCCAGUAGUAGCUCCUGCAGUACCAGCACCCCCUACAUUACAACAAAUUGAAGAGAUUUGGGUAGAAAACAAAUCUGCUGAUGGAAAGGCUUGA